CCUAAAUCAACAUCGAUUCACUUGAAAUAUUACAAUGAUUCAGCACUAAAGCUUCCCCCACGAUAAUGAAUGCAUUUCAGGGUCGACAGCUGACCAAGCAGAAGAAGCCACGACGAGCUACUCGACCUUGCGAUGUCUGUCGGCUUCGCAAGACAAAGUGCACACCUUCCGAAGCAUCUGAUUCUUGUUUGCAUUGUCUAGCUCGGGGCAGCGCUUGCACAUAUGCAAAAGACCCGCCACAAAGGAUGCCCACUGUCAUAGCGCCACGGGCAACAGACCGUGCAUCCAGUGUCGCCAAUGGAUUGCCUCAACAAACGCCCCUCCAACCUUUACCGGAGUCGAAUGCAGCUCGUGUGACAGCCUCGUCCGCCCCUGUAGAAACACAAGCGCUGGGUGUCAGUCCCAUGUCAGCAUUCUCAGGACCACCAAGAACUAACAAUCAAGAUAAAACCCUUGGGUUGGCAGGUAAACGUUUUGCUGAACUCUACGGUCUCACAAGCGACAUGGAACCUAUUCUGAUGCGCCAUCGACCAUAUGAUCCCAUCUCACACGAGUUCAAACUUGACACUCAUAGUAUACGCCGGGUUCAGGACACCGAUCAAGGGCGGAACUAUCCUAUCACAUUCCAUGUGGUAGCCGACGAUAAAGUCCAAGUCUCCACCACCACCAACACCGAAGCUGACUCUAUCGAAGAUUGCGUCCAACCACAUGGAGCUCGAUUAGUCCAACUUUUCUGGCGAAUGGUACAACCAUCUUAUCCAAUACUCUUCAAGGCCGGGUUUAUGGAAAAAUAUCAGAGAUCGUACCGCCGUAUCUCUCCAGCCCUGCUUGGGGCCGUAUAUCUCAUAUCCCUCACCUGGUGGUCUUAUGACACGGAGUUGAGCAUUCAAGCGCCUCCCGAUUCCCGACUACUUCGACAGUUAACCUCUCAAGCAAUUCAAAACUCCUACCACCUACCAAGGCUAUCUUCGAUUGAGGCCAUCCUAUUGUUUCUACAAUGCAAGCCGGAAAAUCCGCUCAACCCAGAUCACACAUUUGUGUGGGGAUACGUCUCACAGGCACUCGCGGUUGGAGAAUGCAUCGGCCUCCAUCUGGACUGCUCAGGUUGGUCAAUCCCUCAAUGGGAGAAGAAUCUGCGUAAACGAUUGGCCUGGGCUCUCUUCUUACAAGAUAAAUGGACAUCGAUGGCAUUUGGAAGGCCAUCACAUAUCCACGGAUCUAAUUGGGGUUUAGAGGCGUUGACACUUGCAGACUUUGAUGAUCUAACUCCGAAUCCCGAAGUAGAAUCCAACGAGUAUGAGCUUGCUGGGAAAGCUCAGUUUCUAGAAAUGAUUCAUCUCAGCCAGUACUUGAGUGAAAUACAGGACCGCUUUUAUACCCUAAACAGCUCAGCCAGCCAGGACUGCGACGAACUAUUCUGCUCCAUCAUGCCUCUGGUACAACAGCUUCAGCAAUGGUACAUAGACUUGCCAGCCAGCGUCAGUCUCACUGUUAGAUACCAGCGACAGCUUAGCCCUCACGGUUAUCUACAUUUAGCUUAUCAUGGAGUAAUGAUGAACUUGGUCCGACGUCUGGUUCGCUCCGCGGCCUUACCACCCAGGACCCAGAAUAAUGAGGUUCUCUCCGAGAUCAGGAAAGUCGGUUUUGAAGUUGCACAGGCUGCUAUGAAGUUGGUCACUUCUCUCCGCCCCGACCAUUUGGAAGCGUUCUGGUUUUCAGCCUCCUCGUAUAUCUUCUCGUUACUUGGCUCGUUCAUCACCUUACUUCUAGUAACAUCGGUGUCUUCCCAGGAGCGCGAUCACUGGCAAGAUCUUCUGAAUUCAUACAUCUGGACUCUACGAACAAUGAAUCGAAGUAGCGAGCCUAUGCGUUAUGCGGCGAACAGGCUUGAAGGAGCAAUUUUGCGAGGCCUUGAACAUGCGCUAGCAAUCCGCCCCGACGAGAGUGCUGACUUUGGGUUUCGUGAGGCAGAAAAGCAAGAAUUCGACUUUUCGAACUUUGCUAAUUGGGAUUUGGCAGCUCUGGACUUCAACUCGUUCGACUUGCUUGAAGGUAUGGAUCUCAGGCCUCCUUAA